AAAGGCACAGGGGAGAGACAACUCAGAGGGAGGCAAAAGGUUGGAACAACGAAAACAGCUACGAGCGCUCGAAAAGCACACAGCACAAGAGAAGACCAGUAUCGUGCUAGAAAAGAGUCGGACACAGACCCGAACAUCCUCCCGAGAAAGUGAGAAGACUCAUAUUUCGGGCAUUUGAGGGUCAUUUUCUAUCUUGUAACUCGAUUUUGGCCUUGUACGGUUCUCGAACCUACCUGGAUUCCGUCAAAGCGAGCAAAACGACAAAAAUCUAUCCAAAGGGCCAAACGACACGUCAGUGAAGGUCGCCAGGCUGUGAUUUUCCUUUCCGAGUGGACAUUUAUCUCGGGAGGAAAACCAAGGCUCAAAACAAGCAAGCAAGGCGACUCUCAACACUUGUGGAGGAAGUUGAGCCAAGAGGGACAAGACGACCUGGAAUACAGCCACAUCCCACUAAAGAGAGGAAACCGACCAGAAACUUCGAGGGUAUUCCGGGUGUUAUGACCCCGUCAUGAUGUCAGAGUUCUUCUGCAAAGCACGCCCAGGUGACAAAGGCGGCCGCGUGUGGCUGUCGGCCAAUCACAGAUGGAGUCCCACUAGAGUCACCUCUGGUUCAGAAGGACCUUCGCUCGGGAGCCUGACACAACACUGACGUGUCACUUUGGUAGAUGCUUUGGUGGUAGACAUGUUGCUUUUGUAGAGCCUUUUCUUUCCCGGACAGACACAACUUCCAGAUGCUGUGUGUCUGCGUCGGCCCAAUUACAGAAGGACAGGCACAGAGGGGCUGUGCGACUCAUCUCGCUGAUUCACGCUGGGUGACAGUCACCAAACAGGAAGUGUAGGAGUUCCCAGUUCUGUGGAACCUCCUUUCCUGGCUUGCGAGGGAGGACCCUUCUGUCAUCUUGCAAGCUAGGCAAUCAUGCGGCACAUUCAUGUGGAGCUUUCUCACAAAAAAGCUCAACUGGAGCUUCCAGCCCAGGAGGGGGACCUGCCUCCUCCCACGGCACCUGCACUGGGCCCGGACUCUGCCGCCGUCAGACCGGGGGCUGCCCGGCACUUUGACCAAGAGGAUUUGCGCCAUCAAAAGGUCUAUCAACUCUCCAUUUUCUCACAGUUAGGUGGUUUUGCUACCUCCACUGAGUCCCACAGUGAUAGCCAACCCAGGCCUGUUCGUUUGGGCGUGAAAAGAGGGCUGGAGGAGCCUCCGUUGACUCACAAGCGCCCCCAUGUGGCGGAUUGCCCUGACAUCGAUGGACUCGAGGGAGGAGUGCUGUGUGGGCCGGCUCCGAUGCCAGCGGUGUUGAUGGGGCUAGUGAAGAGCUCCGGUGGUUGUGGUUCGCUCUAUUCUUGCGCACAAACGGAGCACAGAGACUCUGAGGGCGGGGGGUUGCCCAGAUCCCCCCCGCUGUCCCCGAGCCACAACCCCUCCCGUCGUCCGGCUCAGCACAAUCACGACAGGCCCGUUCCCGACGUGUUCUCUCCCCUCUCGCCAAAAUCCCCCCCAAUGUGCGACCCUUCUCUGGGAAGCUCAGCCAGACCCGAAGCGCCAAACGGGGGCGGGCGCGCACCCGCUUAUUCCGUCGGAAGCCCCGCAAAUGAGAGUUGUGGCAAUGGCGCGGCCGGAGGCCAGCCCAGCCCUCAUUUGUACGACACGCCCGCAUACGAGCCCGCCAGUCCCGCCAGCCCCCCGGGCCCCUUCUCUCCCCCGCACCACACAGAACUCCAAGAACCAGGAGAGGCCACGCAAUGGGACGUGGGGCUGGAAUCUUCCCCACCUGAGAGGAGUGCCACCCAGACUGCUGCUUCUUCCUCAAACGGGCUGCUGGCUUCGUGGGAAAAGACCCCCGGCGCCAACGGACACCGUUUGUCAGCGGCGGGCCACUGGCCGGCCAAGAAGAGGUUGCUGUCGCCCAGCGAAACGGCCGAGUCGUGCUCGGAGGACGAGGGCCCGUCCACCUCCAAGAGGAGCAGGCUUUCCUUGCUGGCUCCGGGGCUGGGAUCGUGCCGUAGCACUGACGCUAAAGCUGCCCCGUACUGGAACCACCUUCUUCCUUCUAAGUGUGCCACAGACUGUACGAGGUCAGGGAGACGACUGAAAAGCAGUCCGCGUGUAAAAAGCCGCCAGUUACGCAGCGGUCGACAUGCGGACAGCAGAACCUUGGCCCGUUCCAGCUGGCCCUCUUCUUCCAUCAGCAGAUCACUUUUAGGAAACUUUGAGGAGUCAAUGCUAAAGGGACGCUUCUCGCCAUCGGGCCGCAUCGAAGGCUUCACGGCGGAGAUCGGCGCCAGCGGCUCCUACUGCCCGCAGCACGUCACGUUGCCCGUGCAGGUUACGUACUACGACAUCUCCGAGCACAGCGCCCCCUCGCCCUUCCUGGGUUUGAUAUCCCUGGAGAAGCUUGGAAAGAAAGGCUACAGCAUACCCAAAGCAGGGACCAUUCAAGUGACCUUAUUUAAUCCCAACAAAACUGUGGUAAAGAUGUUCCUGGUGACGUACAACUUUGACGACAUGCCUACCAAUCACAUGACCUUCCUGCGCCAUCGCAUCUUCCUGAUGCCCGUCGAGGAGGACGGAGACGGGAAGAAACAGGGCUCGGCAGGGAGCGUGCCGCUAGACUGCAGGAAGAUUCUCUGCUACCUGAUACAUCUCAGAUUCCACAGCUCCAAAUCUGGGAAGAUCUACUUGCACAACGAUAUCCGGCUGCUAUUCUCCCGCAAGCCCGUGGAAGUGGACACGGGGAUCCCUUACGAGCUGAAAUCUUUCACCGAGGUGCCAAGUAACCCCAAAUACUCCCCCCGCGUGUGACCUGACUGUGCUUCCUAAAGAAGAGGGAGCCAAAGAGACUGCAUUUUACAAGGACGGACGGACGGACCGGAUGAGGAAAGCCAAAAUGCCGACAGGGCUCGCUCUUGAUCCAACAUGGGUCAAAAGUCUGUACAAAGAAAUGCACAAACACUGACACACCGCUGACUGAAUACGGACUUCACACAUCUGGAGGUGACUCACGUUUAACUUGCAUGCCUUGUGACUUCAACACCUGAGUUUUCCUCGAGUGCCGUACGUAUCACGCUGUCCUUCACUCUGGCUGCACGCGGAACUUCAAAAGUGUGAUUUUAUUACAAUGGAAACACACGUUGUGGUCGACCGACACGAAAGAAGACCUCAACGUUAUUUGACGAUUCAAGCCAAGAUGGCCGUCCCUUGUGGUGACGACGACAACAAAAAGGUAAAAAACCCAAAUCAACUUCCUGUUAUGUAGCCAGACUGAGGGACAAUGUGCUAUUUCUUUUGUAAAGAUUUUAUUUUUUUAGAUUCUGUUCAAAGCAAUCU